AUGGGGCAGUUCCCCACUGUCGUCCACCCCGAGUACAAGUCUCGCCCGGACGGCGCGACUAUGAAGGCACUCGCUUGGUUCGGCACCCGCGACGUCCGCCUCAUCGACGCACCCAUUCCCGACAUCACAGAGCCAGACGACGUGAUCCUCAAGGUCACUGGCACGACGAUUUGUGGCUCGGACCUCCAUCUCUUCAACGGGGAGAUUGCCGCGUUGCAAAAGGGUGAUAUCCUUGGCCAUGAGUUCAUGGGGGUCGUAGACAAGAUUGGUCCCAAUGUCACCAACCUCAAGGUCGGCCAGCGCGUUGUCUCAUCGUUUCAGAUUGCGUGCGGCGAGUGCGACUACUGCAAGAAGAAGCUAUCCUCGUUCUGCGACCGGACCAACCACUCAACGCUUCAAAAUGCCAUGUACGGACACCGCGACGCAGGCUUCUUCGGCUACUCGCACUUCACUGGCGGUUUUCCCGGCGGCCAGGCCGAGUACGUGCGUGUGCCCAAAGGCAACGUCAACUUGCUCCCCAUCCCCGACGAGGUCUCCGACGAACGUGCGCUUUACCUCUCUGACGUCCUGUGCACUGCCUACCACUGCGUCAUGGACACGGGUGUACAGGAGGGUGACACAGUGGGCGUUUGGGGUCUUGGUCCCAUUGGCCUUUGCGCUUCGAAGUUCUCCCAGCUCAAGGGUGCCAAGAGCGUCAUUUGCAUCGACCGCGUCCCGGAGCGCCUGAAGAAGGCUGAAGAGCUGGGUUUUGAUACCAUCGACUUUUCGAAGCACACCGAUGUUGUCAAGCGUCUCCAGGAGAUCUGCCCGGGCGGCUUGGACGUUGCCUUGGACUGUGGUACCUUCCACCAGCCGAAAUCGAUGCUUCACAAGAUCGAGAAGGCAUUGAUGCUCGAGACCGACGUCUCGGAGAUCGUGAACGAGAUGAUCAUGUCCGUCAAGAAGGGUGGUCGCUGCGGCAUCAUUGCUGCUUACGUCGGCUACACGAACCACUUUAACAUUGGGGCGCUCAUGGAGAAGGGUAUCCGCCUCAUUGGAAACGGUCAGGCUCCCGUCCACAAGUGGUGGAACGAGAUCUUGUACGACCUCAUCGUUCCCGGAAAAUUCGACCCGACCUUCAUGAUUUCCCACCGUGUUCCUCUCGAGGACUUCCCUAAGCUAUAUGAAGCCUUUGAUAAGCGCGAGGGAGGGGUGGAGAAGGUAUUUGUUGAGACUCAGAUCUCAAAUCCCCCUAUGCCCGGCUGCCCGACGACCACCAGGGUCUCUGAGUGGGCAGAUGUCUAA